GACAGAAGAGAGCAUCACUCAGAAAUGAUUCCAGUCUGACCCUUCAAACCGACCCCCAGUACAACAUGGCAUCACAUCCGUCGAUUAAAGCUGGUCCGUUGCAAUCAACGCCAAUGCCCCUCAUCCCUGACGAUUCGAACCCUGUGUCGCACCAUAUCUUUUCAGCUCCACCAGAACGCCUCGUCACAAGAAGCACCCCAUCAUCCACUGUCCACAGUCGCGAAACGUCUGCAGUUAGGGGAAUCGAUUCUGCUGCCUUACCUUCUUCGACUCUACAGCCUCAGAACAACCGCCGCGGUGCCUCCCACUCCAAAAGCCCCGAAACGACCGCUGGACGACCCGGUUUCGGCUAUGAUGUUGGUCUCGAGAGAAGGCCAUCAAACUCCUAUGGUCACCAUCGCCAAACCUCGAUCGUACACGGGAUCCAGCACUCCCGCAACCCGAGUUUUGCCGCCUCGACAGCAUCCAGCAGCCCUCUGAGUCCCGAAUUGAUUGCGUCUCUGGGUCGAGGCAGCGCUGCCGAACAGGAAGGGACCGGACCGAGCAGAGCAGAACAGCCCAGCAUGCCUCCGAACAGUCAUCACCAGGGGGGCAGUGGUGCAAGCAUUCAAUCACAGGGAACACUGGGUACAAUAGACGAUCGAGAUGGGGAGGACACCGUCAGCGGCAGUCUUGGAAAUGCGGUUCAUAGACGGAUGAAUUCCAAUGGCAAGUCCAAGCAGGAACGGUCCCAUAGCCGUUCACAUUCAAGACCGCAUCAUCCGGAUAUCAAAACCACAGAGGAAUAUGCACUUCAUCACCUCUUCAAUGCCUUUAUCGGUCAAGCCGAACACAAAAUCAAUCAGGCCAUAAUGAAAUUAGGGGAAUCUGACGCGCCAGUCGAAGAGGUAUGCGGGCCGGGAGCAGACGCCAACUUCGACCAGUUGAUAUCAGCGCUGGGAUAUAUCGCGCGACGGAAUCCGAAGCCGUUAAUCGACACUAUUAUGUACUGGCGGAAAGCAAUAGGCGAUGCAGCUAUCUUGGCUAAACAGGUUGCCGGUCAACCAAAGCCACCUGCUUCUGAAAAUGGUUUUCUCAUUCGUCGCAACACCGAGCCGCCUCAGAUCAUCACCGAGUCGGCUACACCAUCCGACUCAAGCUCCCCUCCACGAACGCUGUUAUCUAGACACGAUGAAGUUAUCAUUGCGGAAAGGAGAGCGACAGUGUCGGUCUACCUCGUUUGCAGGAUCUUGAUUGAGAUCUUCAAUCAAAGUAGUCUUGCCUCCAUCACUCCGGACAUGGUAGAUCGCCUGGAGGACAUUGUUUUCGGUCAACUGAAGGCCGUUGAUCCUGAUCAAAUCUCGGCGUCUUCUCUUCGCAUGGCCAACUGGAGGAUCUAUUCCCAACUACUAGGUAUAAUGAGUGAGACAAGCUUUGCGGGCGUUGCCAAUCGGUUCCUGCAGGAGCUCGAUAAAUACCAGAAGGAUGAAUCCUCACGCGGUCCUUCGAAAGAAGGAGAUGCCAAAGCUGAGCUUUUGAUCUUAGGAUUGAGGCACGUUCGCAUUGAGACACACUCCGAAAUCUGGAGCAAAUGUUGCGAUUUCAUGCUGUCAUUAGCGCGCUUGUUUGUAAACGCUCAUGGGCCGCGUGUCAAACAAGCAUAUUGCUACAUAAUCGAAAAGCUACUACUUCCGGUAGCAGUAAGCUCUACUUGUGAUCUUACUCUGCCCAAAUGGAAGGAGUUUGUGGACUUGGUCCAAUCUCGUCUGUCGCAGAUGCUGACCAAGCCACGCCAUUGGGCUGCAGCAUUUCCCCUCCACGUGCUCUUACUGUGCGUAUCAACAAAAGAGAACUUUUCUUCGCAAUGGCUUUCGGUGAUCCAAAGUCUUCCAUCAAGGCUGAAAGAUCGUCCUACAAGGGGAUCAGCUCUCCAGGCAAUGUGUCGUCUGCUUUGGACAUUCUUUUUCCGCUACUCGGAGUCGCCCACAGCCACUCUGCGGAAAGUCGAAGAAGUGGCAAGAAUAGCCCUUCCUCCAGGUAAAAGGACAUAUUUAAGUACGGAGCCUGCAGUAUCAGAUCCCCUGGUUCAGUUGGUACGGAUGAUCGGAUUCAAGCACCCCGAUGUGUGCUUUCGUAAUAUUAUCUUCCCAAUGAUCAACUCGGAUCUCUUUCUCUCCGGCAAAGAACUCAAAAUUGAGCAGAUGGAGCCUGAGAAGAUGGUCAUUGGCAUCAGGACAUUCCUCGCUAUCAUGACAGACUUGGAAAACUGCGAUCAAUUAUGCCCUCCCUUCCCCACGGGAUCGAUUCCUAACCCUUUCACCGACAUUUCUGCUCCGACUCACUUCCACCGUCCACAUUUACUCGCGGAUCCCCGUCCGUCGAACGCAUCGGAGAAUCUUGAUACCUCCUUGUCGCGUCCCGUUAAUACGGCAAGGCUGAGCGAGAAUGUCAGGGAAUAUUAUCUCCGCUUCUGUGAUAUUCUCGGUAAGAUUACCAUUCUUUGCGAUAACACAUUCGGAGGCCAGGCGGCUCUAGACGAGAAGUUCGGAGGUACGACACCGAAGACUCCGAUAUCAGAGGCUUUCAGCUUUGGACGACGAGAUGAUCACCUUACCACUCCAGAUCAGAAACAGGGCUUUUAUGAUCUACUCCAUGUUGCUGUGCAGGCUUUACCUCGUUGUCUAUCUGACCGCAUUCCCUUCAAUUCCCUGAUCAAUCUUCUCUGCACUGGAACAGCACACGUUCAGUCAAAUAUAGCCGUCUCAUCUGCUGAAUCACUCAAGGCUAUCGCGCGUAAAUCUCAUGCCCAGCAGGUCACGAUCGGCUUUGCAAGAUUCAUAUUCAACUUCGAUGCGAGGUACUCGACAAUGUCCGAUGAAGGCAUGCUAGGACCAGGUCACAUUGAAUCCACACUGAGACUCUAUGUCGAGCUACUGAGGAUUUGGAUCGAGGAGAUCAAGCAAAAGUCAAAGGGUGCCGCUGCUGAAUCCAUUGACAAGACUGGAUCGGGAAGCCGAGCUUUACAAUUGGAUCUCUCCAGCGUCCUUGCACAUGUUGAGGAGAUUGAGUCUCACGGUCUGUUCUUUCUUUGCUCUCAGUCUCGACGAGUGCGCGCCUUCGCAAUUACAGUCCUCCGUCUUAUCACGGAAUUCGAUAGCGCUCUCGGCAAAGAGAAUACUCGAAUCAUUCGAAUCCUUGAAGCCGACUCACACCGAAUACUGGAUGUCAAUACUGAAUCAUUGACCGUGGCUGAGCUGAGCAGAAUCCAGAAAAGCAAGCGAAGGAGUGCUGCUCAGAAGAUCGUGAUAGACAUGUGUAGUAGCGAGGUUUCGUAUGAUUCGACACUUUGGUCAAAAGUGUUUCCGAACAUAAUACGGAUAAGCUUUGAAACCUGCCCGUUUGCUGUGACGCUGGGGCGUGAGAUUGUGUGUGCAAGGCUUGUCCUUAUGCACAAAGCAAUUACAUAUUAUGCUGAGGGGCCAUCUCAUCAAUAUGGUCCCAUGGAGGCUAGUCAAGCUCGCAUAGUGGGGAGAGGCAACUUGUCUGCUGAGAUUGUGAUUGAGCAAUGGAAAUUGUACUUGGUCAUGGCGUGUACCACCCUCAACAGUGUCGGCGCGCAGUCGCAGAGCCAGCUGGCGAAUGCCCAACAUGCACGAAAAGGAUCGAAAGGAUCACAACAGACUCAAGACAAGAUCAGUUCAGCCCGAAGUCUCUUCGCGUUUGUCAUUCCUCUGCUGUCAGCUGAGCGUCCUACUAUCCGGAAUGCUAUAGUGGUUGCCCUGGGAUCCAUCAACAAAAAUCUUUAUCGCACGCUUCUUGAGUCGCUGCAGUACGCGGUUACAACUUGCAACGAGGAAGCCAAGAUUCGAAUUGGCACGCACUACCGAUCUCCAAGCAGCCCGCGAAGGAAUCGCAAAACAGAUCGAUUGCGGACGGAAGUGACAUACGUUUACAAGCUGACAUCGCAUUUCCUGCAAGAACCGGAGGUAUACAAUGAUGACUGGAUCGUCAACAAUCUUGUCACGUAUGCGAAAGAUCUCCGAAUAUUUCUUAGCGAUGCUGAAGUCCAGAAUGACUGGGAAUUCCAGCGGCUCCGGUUUCACUAUUGUGGUCUAAUGGAACAACUCUUUGAGGGCAUCAAUAGAACCAGCGAUCCUUCCCGGUGGAUACCGUUCGAAUCUAGGAAGUCCGCAUUCUCCCUGAUGGAGGAUUGGUGCGGAUAUUCGCCGAAUCAGUCUCAGAUUUCCCAAAGAGAGGAGAACAUGCGGAAAUAUGCACCCGCCCAGACCAAUGAGUCGGGAGCUGCCAUGGAAAUUGAGAAGAAAAACCUCCGUGCAGCAGCUCUAAGUGCGAUGGCAUCCUUGUGUGCUGGACCAAUCAGUAUUACAACUGAGAGUGGUUCGGUGCUACAGUUCGAUGUAGGCCGAAUGCUGUCUUGGAUUGACAUAAUAUUCACUACUUCAAUCAGCGACAAAUGGCAUGCUAUCGGUAGACGGGCUCUCAAGAAUUUGAUCGUUCACAACAAGGAGCAUACGUAUCUACUGGAGCGAUCCAUUGAAAUGUGCUAUGUCGCAGAGAGGCCCAAGGCACUAGAAAGCUACUUCGAAGUGGUGACUCAAGUCCUCAUUGAGCACACCGACUUUCCGCUAAGUUUCUGGCGGAUUUUAGGCGCUGUCCUUGUCACGCUUGGGAACCAAAAGAGGGAAAUCAGAAUGAAGUCCGCCAAACUUCUUCGCAUCUUGGAGGAACGGCAGCAGAAAAGCUCAAGGCUGCAGGACUUCUAUAUCAGCAUCUCCGACAAGACAACCGCUGUUUACAAGCUUGCCCAAUUUGAAACGUCCAAACGUUUAGCAAUGCAACACUCCGACUUAGCCUUCCCGCUUUUUUCCGAGCUUUCGCUACAUUUCAGGAAUCUGAGACCAGACAGUCAACGGAACAUGGUGGCUGCUAUUCUCCCAUGGGUUCAAACAAUGGAACUUCAAGUCGACCCCAAUGGCGGGCCGACGGCAAAGUCCUAUAUGCUUCUAGCCAAUCUUUUCGAGAUCACUAUUCGUUGCAGUACCACCCUUCCAAACGAGGUGCAAGCCCUCUGGCAAGCUUUAGCUACAGGGCCACAUGGGGGAAAUGUGCAAUUGGUGCUCGACUUCAUUAUAAGUCUCUGUUUGGAACGCAAAGAACAAAAUUUCGUGGAGUACGCCAAACAAGUGGUUGUAUUCUUGUCGGGAACACCCGCCGGCUCAAAGGUCAUCGAAUUCUUCCUAAUGCAGGUUGUCCCCAAGAACAUGGUGCAGGAGCGAAAGGAGAUAACACCAGCUCCCGCCGACAUCAAAAGUCUCCCAUAUGUUGCUGAUCUCAACACGGUGCUUCCACUAGGGAACAAACAAGCUGGCCUUUCUCUGGGCCAAGUCUCCUUGGUUUUACUGGUUGAUCUCAUGGUUGCUUCUAUUACUCCGGCGCUGGAAGACGUGGCCAAACUGCUCCAUGUUGCCCUCAUUCUCUGGGACCACUACAUUCUUACCGUUCAGGAAGAAGCUAGAGAGAUGCUGGUUCACUUGAUCCACGAAUUAGUUGCUGCAAAAACAGAAGACGAUGCACCUGCUGGGACCAGAGAGUCUAUCGAGGACUUCGUGGAGAUGAUUCGCAAGAGUGACCCCAAAGUCGUGUGGGAGUAUGAAGACAAUAGCGACAAAGAUGAUGCUGAGGAUGGUCGCCGCGUCCCUGCGUCGAUGUCUGAUGUUACCCACAAAGUUGUCGGUUUCUUCGACCUUGCUUAUGAGGGGAUCAAUGAUCUCUGGGCGAAAGAGGCUCUGAACUGGGCCACGUCGUGCCCAGUCCGACAUCUGGCCUGUCGAUCUUUCCAGGUUUUCCGUUGCAUAUCCAUGUCUCUUGAUUCUAGGAUGCUAGCCGACAUGCUCGCUCGUCUAUCGAACACCAUUGCUGAUGAGGAGUCGGACUAUCGGACAUUUUCAAUGGAGAUCCUGACAACACUCAAGAUUAUCAUUGGUUCCCUGGCUCCUACUGAUCUUUUGCGAUAUCCACAGCUGUUCUGGACCACGUGUGCUUGCUUGAACACUAUCCACGAAACAGAAUUCGUCGAAAGCAUUGGAAUGCUGGAGAAGUUCUUGGAUCGUGUGGACAUGAGUGACCCUAUAGUAGUUACUGAGCUCAUCAAAGGUCAGCCACCCAAGUGGGAAGGUGGUUUCGGCGGUCUCCAGGACCUGGUCUACAAAGGCUUGAAGUCAAGUGAAUGUUUAAAUCUCACACUGGACGUUCUGCACCGUCUCAGUGGUCUUCCCAACAACGAUCUUAUCGGAGAUAGUGACAGGCUCCUUUUCACAAUAUUGGCGAACUUGUCCCACUUCCUUCAUCAGUUCGACUCGGAGAUUGACGACCCCAAGACAUUGGCACGUGCUACAUUGCUUGCGCGUGUUGCUGAGAGCGAACUAUGUCCACGCAUUGCGGCAUCUCUGCUUGGAUUUGCAAACGGACAGUACAAAGCAGAGAAUGAUUUCUUGAGUCACAUCAUCACCGAGCUGCGCUCCUACUACUUCCCACGACUUGAUGUCCAGAGCCUUAUAUUCCUCAUGGGUCUCUUGACAAAUACAACAAAGUGGUUCCGCGUCAAGGUCAUGAAAAUACUCUGUGUCUUGAUACCUGAAAUUGAUAUGCGUCGAGAGGAAGUGACAAGCCAUGGCCCUGACCUCAUCUCGCCUCUGUUGCGGCUCCUACAGACUGAGCUGUGUCCUCAAGCAUUGCAAGUCAUGGAUCACAUUAUGACAGUUUCUGCCAACCCGAUGGAGCGUCACCACCUGCGAAUGAGCAUGGCUUCGUCUUCAUCGUCGCCGGCCAUUCGGAAAGAAUACGAACGCAUUCAAAGUCUUUAUGGUAUACCGGAACCGACCGGGUGGUCCAUUCCCAUGCCCGCUUCUCAGUCCAACAUCACGCGCCAAAAUGUUCACGCGGUGUUUUAUACCUGUGCAGAAGUUGACCGCAUGGAAGUGCAGGAGACUGUCAAGCCUGACGUGGAAUUUCAUGCAGAUGAAUACAGUGAUUCGUUCUUCCCCAUGCGAGCAGACACAAUGAAAUCAGUCGACACCCAAACCGACGGCAACAUGGGAGACAUAGUGCAGAAAUUGGACAGCCUAGACGACUUUUUCGAAGAGACGGACGCACUUCAUCCAGUCCUGGACACCAUAUUAGACCCUGCACUACGUAGCUUUGCCGGAACAUAUGCUGAUACGAGUGCGAAUCUCUAUGAUCAGCAAACGGCGCCCAUUUUGCGCAAGUCCCUUGCCAGGACUACCUCCACUUCCUCUUUUCACAAUGGUCUUGCUGAGUCUCGCCCGCCGAAUCUGCGGUUCGAAAGCUCUGGAAUACAACCUUCUGGUACAUUCACACCCCCAGCCCCUAGUCAACUUGCACGGCCAGUGUCUCAUACACGGUCCGUGACAUCCCCGGCCAAUCAUUUGCCCUCGCCUUCGUCAUCUAGUGCACAGCAAUCCACGCCCGUCAUUGGCUUCAGCGAAUCCGCAUUCCUUUCGGAUGAUGAAAUGGAAGACACGUUUCCUGAUGGCAAGCCAUCCAUAUCCCAUCCCAUCAAUCAGGUGCGAAGCGCGACUGAAGGGUCGUCAUCGCUUGAGUCUAUGAUUCGCAGCGGCAUGAGACGGCUCACUGGUGGCACGGCUCCGGGUCGAGACAAGGAGCGCCAGCGUGAUCUCAUUCGCGCGCAACAGCGGUCACAGGCAGCUAGCUCACCACGCGUCCCUAAGGUUCCUUCCGAAUACCUGAACGGGCCAACUAGCAACCCAGCAUCCCCGGGACAGCAGUGAGACCUCGCCUCCGCUGACGAGAUCCCCGGCUUCUCAUCUCCCUCGACUUGCCUUGGCAUUUUUCUAUUAGUCAUUGGCAUGGUCUGACGGCGUCUCAACACAAUCUUUUUCUCUUCUGGCGUACAACAUACCCAUUAUCGAUUGCCAAGGUGUCAUACGAGCGGUUUUUCUAUCAAUAUGCGAUGUACCUUCGUCUUCCUCAUUUUCUCUGUACAUUAUUUAAUUAGAUAUGGAACGUAAAGGGCAACAAGUUCUUCGUGGAG